AUGCGCAAUAAGAGGACAUAUAAGAAGAGUUUGGAUGGUUUCCGCAGCAUUCAAGCCAAAAUUUAUAGCAAUAACCAUACCACGCCAGGGGGCCAAACCACGCAAGGAGGCCAAGGAAACCAGGAAAUUACAGCGGAAGGUAGUAACCUAAGAGGUCAACUCGCAACGCCAGGAGGCCAGACCACGCAAGGAGACCAGACCACGCAAGGAGGCCAGACCACGCAAGAAGGCCAAGGAAACCAGGAUAUCACACCGGAACUUAGUAACCUAAGGAGUGAACUCGCAGAGACGGGGCGGAGAACUACUCAAAGUCUUGAUGAGAUGGCAAAUCGUUUCGAUAUCGUACAGCAACAAGUCCAGGGUUUCGACGCCAGAUUUACCAACCUCGAAAACAAUGUUCGUAGUGUCCAGGGCGAAAUCGCCAAUGUCCGCCUCGAAGCGAACAGUUUGAGCGAAACAGCGAAAAACCUGCAGCGGCAAUUGGACAGUUCCGGAAAUUCGAGACCCACAGCGGCAAAUGUUACCUAUAGAGGGCUUACACCCGCCAGCAAUGCAUCAGAAGAUUAA